CAACCCGCUAAAGGGCUAGAAAAGCACGAGCCACAGCCGUUUUCUAAAUUCAUGUUCAGCUCAAGCUCACCAUUAUUUCUCUUUGGCCAGCUUAAGAAGUCGCCCGAAACUUCUAUCUAGGGCACGCAAAUUGGAUUCCCAGGAAAGAAAGCACGUAGCAGAGAGUUUAACAGGCGGCAGCUAUGGCUUUGAAUGGCGGAAUCCGAUCCGGCCUCAAGGUUAUGAUAUCAAAUGAAUCAGCGUUAUCAAAAUCAGUGUUCCGAGGUCUCCAUGCGACUGGAGUGAAGAAAAUGGGAGAUCAUGGCCAUGACGAACCAUUCUAUGUUCAUGCGAAGCACAUGUAUAACCUGGACCGCAUGAAGCACCAAAAAGUGAAAAUGUCUCUUGGCGUACUGGCAGCCUUUAGCAUUGGCGUCGGCGUUCCUGUUUAUGCUGUCAUUUUCCAGCAGAGGAAGACAGCUUCUGGAUGACCUAGCUGCCCAACAUUGAGCAAUAAUUCAAACCUUGAACCUGCCUUUUUUGUUUUUUGUUUGGAUUGCUUAAUACGCUGUAGGCUACAGUAUGACUUGGUGAUGUUCAUUUGCAAGCAAAUGAGUUUAUUUGAUUCAUACCUCAUCCAGGAACUGGAACUUCUUUCA